AUGGUGACGCUGCGCGCGCCCUCGUCGCUCCCCACAACCGGUCCCUCGGCUUCCGAAGUCGCCGCGCCCCAGUUAUCAUGGCUGUCGGGCCCCUGGAACGUGACGCAUUCGACGCUCCCCAUGUGGCGGAAAUCCCGCAACGUCCGUAUUACAUAUACGCCCGUUGCAUCCACCACCCCGGCCCAGCUCGACGACUUGGUCACUUAUCAGAGUCUGACUUCCGACAAGCUCAAGACGGUCCAUGGUCUCGACAAGCCCUUUGACGUGUCCAAUGCCGAGCUCCCGCCAGCCACCUCAGAGGAUCCAUCAGCGCAGCUCGCCAGUCUGGGAUACAACUGGCGCGGCAAAGGCUGGCUCGUCAUUGCCACGAGCAAGUGGGAGAUUCUUGGAUAUGGCGACGAAGCGGCGUCUGGCAACAGCUGGAUCGUCACCUACUUUGCAAAGACGCUCUUUACUCCCGCAGGCAUAGACUUUUACUCGCGCAACGGUAGCCUGGCCCCCGACACCAUUGCCGACAUCAAGGCUGCACUCGCUGCACUAGGCGGUGACGUGGCCAAGCUGGCAGACCAAAUAUUCGACGUCAAAAUGGAUCAGGACAGGAAAGAUUGA